AUGGAAGACUAUCCGAUGUCACCACUGCUGAUGGCGCCCUACAAAAAUGACGCCGACGUUACUAGCUUGGGUAAAAUUAAUUCAUUUGCUAUCACCUGCGAGUUUCUCGAUUCUCUACGCACAUCAGCAAACGUGUCGGGCGGGGCGUUUGCUACUACUCCCAACUUACAGCAUCUUCACAACUUCUCUAUUCCUGCAUUGCGAUUCGACCGUCCGAUGAACAAUGCCUUACAGGCCUCUCCGCUUAUGAAUCCUAGUCUGAUGGACAAUUCGUCCAAUAGUUGGGAUAAAGAACAAUGGCGCUUUCUUUGGUGGUUCGUCUGGAAAAUUGACGGUUACUGUGAAAAGCUUCAAGAAUGCUUUGAGCAAAACAUACCGCCUGAUUUAGAAGACUGGUUGACAAGACACAAUAACUCGACAGAAAUACGGAACGUCGGUCUACGAGGUCUUGGCGACAUAUUACAAGAUAUCAUUCCUUCCGAAUUUCACGAGAUACUCCCUAUUAUGAUUGUUCAACAUGCGAUUUUCCAUUAUACCUGCGAGACAAAUUCUUUCGAGAGUGUCGAAUCUGCGUUCACCGGUUGGAGAAAUGGGAUCCCUAUAAUAAAAACUCAUCAAUCAAGCCUUGAUCUGGUAUUUGAGCGGUUAAAGUCAGCAGAUCGAUCGUCUGGGAACGCUCAGCUCGCUCGACCUCACAUUCAAACACCCCUUUUCGAGACAGGCAGUAAAUUUACAAAUCUUGAUAUUACCUGUUAUCCGCAGUCUAUUACCGACAGCUCUUUAUAUCCACCUAGACACCUAGUCUCCAGCCCCGACACAAAUCCGUGGACCCUAUCUGAGGAUCAAAGCUUUGCUUCUGGUGCUGGUGAUAGAUACAUGGCGGGCUACUCCUUGGAUCAUGUGUCGAAGUUCAACUAUUACGAACCGUCAAGGACCGAGAAUAUCAUACCUUAUACUCCAGCAACGAAUUUAAACAACCCCUUUUCUUCAAACGAGAUCAAUCACCCCGCAUUUCAGAACCAGACCCCUCGACAUGUCGGACAAGUAUAUGGGUUAUCCCCAUCGCCUGGCUAUCCACCAUAUGAAACUGGGAUGAGCUCAAUGUCCCUCAGCCACUCUACGCCAUUCACUAUUUUUAUGAAGUUUAUAGAUGACUUUACAAACCAGGGUGGCUUGCCUCACCUUUUCUCUCAAGGGUCGAUCCGCUGGAACAAACGACCAUUAACUUCGAACGCUCUGGUUUCCGAAAAACAAUUCUUCAAGAAUGUUGAUAGUUUAUUCUUUGAUCCACUAAGGAAUCUCGUCUCGUAUUCGUUACAGGAUCCUAUAAUCCAAGCCAUAAUUUCGACUACGUCGUCACUGAUAUUACUUGGCGGGUUGCAUUCGGUCCCAGACGUUGCGGAUUAUAUGAUCAGUCUAGGAACACAUUUACUACCUAGCCCUGACCUGUGUCGCGAGUUUGCUCGGAUAGUUCUGCAAACCUGUCCUGAGGCUGGUGCAACAAGUCCUCCUAAUAGGUCCACUCGAGGUCGAGGUCAGAGCCGGAGUCGGGAUCUCGAGGAGCGUAUCGACGAAAUAGUAAAGAACUACAGCGGAGCGUACCACCCGGCACAUUUACUUCAGCCUCAUAGCACUCACAGAAGUCAUCGAACAUUACAACCUCGACAACCUAUCGCUACCUCGCGAGCCAGCAGCAGUCAGCCCACGCCAUCUAUCAUUGAUUCAUCAGGAAGUAAUAUCCAUAGCUUCGUGGAUAACAGCAUCGAAAUAUCCAACGUGACCAGCAACACCACACCGUCUGUGACUAGCGCCGCACAAUGCGAAGAGUGCGGCAAGACCUUCACUGGUAGACACGUCAGCUCACACUUGUCCCGUCAUAAGCGACAGCACCGAACCGGCCAUGUAACCAUAGAGUGCCCUUACUGUGGCAAGGCCUUCCGUCAUGUACGCACCGACAAUAUACGGACGCACUGCCGAAAUGUCCACAGGCGCGAGCUCCCCGAAAAUGGGAAAGAGUACUGGUCGCGGUUCACUGGUACGCAGCUCGGAGGUCAGAAUAACUGACUUGUGGUUACUUCGAAGCCCAUGUCUUAUCGAAUGCAUAUUUGCACAUACAACCAACGGUCAUCCAUCACUUGCGUUAUGCGUAAAAGACUGGAUAUAGUUUUGGCUCUCGUCUUUAGAGGGCCUUCAUGCUGGACGACUAUAUACCUAUCUCAUGAUCUCACGGAUUUCACUAUAAAUACCCUCUCAUACGAUUUAUGUUCAUUUUCUAUACUCUAUUGAAUUUCUGGGGCUGCAUCCGCCCCUUUUUUAAUUUUUCUGUUAGGCGUCUAAAUAACAUUUCUUGAUCGAGAUACGAAUUAAGCUACAAAAGCAGACAGAACAGGACACACAGUACUGGAUCUUAACUAAGAGUCAGAAGGUCUCGGUAAAUAAGUUCUCGGAGUUGAUUACUGGAUAGGAAAAUUCAUGGAAUAUUUAUAGUUUUUU